AUGGCAGCUUUAGACAGAGAGGCCCUCAACGCAAGCUCACAGUGCUCCAUCACUUCUUACCACUGGGACAAUAACUGUGACUUCCUGAGGAUCGACCUUCACCAGCUCACUUCUGUCACUCAUGGACGUGUGUGUGUGUGUGUGUGUGUGUGUGUGUGUGUGUGUGUGUGUGUGUGUGUGUGUGUGUGUGUGUGUGUGAACCCUCAUCUCUCUGGCUCUGGACAGAUCCGUUGGACGAAGACAGCGGGCGGAGUCUCUGAUCGUCAUGGUAACUCCCUGCUGCAGAGUGAAACUCUGAGGAUGGAGAACAUCCGCCGCCACCAGGGGGGRCGGUACUACUGCAAGGCUGAGAACGGCCUGGGCUCCCCCGCCCUCCGCUCCAUACGAGUCCACGUCUACUACCUGGACCUCCCUGUGAUCACGGUCCAUCAGAGCGAUGAUGAAGCCAAGGAGCAGUUUUACUCGGAGCGGACGGUGUUUCUGCGCUGCUCCUCCACCUCCAACCCUGCGGUCCUCCUCACCUGGCUGCGAGGCAGGCAGGUGCUGUCAGAGGGCGUCGACUCCGGGGUGGAGAUAUACAAACCCUUCUUCACUGAGGGGGAAACAAAGAUCUUGAAGCUGAAAAAUCUUCGCCUGCAGGAUUUCGCAGACUACACCUGCACGGCCUCGGUGAGGAACGUUUGUGACAUAAGAGACAAGAGCGCCCUCUUCAGCCUGAGCAACAGGACAGCUCCUCCCUCCAUUAAGCUCCUCCUGGACGACCCGGUGGUGGUGAACCCGGGGGAGACGGUGACUCUGGUGUGUGYGGUGACGGGCGGAGACCCUCCACCGACGCUCAGGUGGUCCAGGCCUGAAGGGGAGGAGCUUCCGAAGAGGAGCACCGUUAACGACGGCACGCUGACCUUCCCUGUUCUGACGGUGGACGACGGCGGCACCUACACCUGCACCGCCACCAACAACGUGGGAAACGCCGCCAAGAAAUCCACCACGGUGCUGGUCCGAGGUCUUCGUAAAGGCCGGUUCUGGAUCACACCGGACCCGUACCACAAUGAGGACAACAUCCAGAUCGGCCGGGAGGUGAAGAUCAGCUGCCAGGUGGAAGCCACGCCCCCUGAGGAGUUGCAGUUCAGCUGGUUGAAGAACGGGCGUCCUCUGAGGAGCUCGGAGCGAAUGGUCAUCACCCACAUGGACUCCAGCGUCUCGCCGGGAACCACCAACCUGGACAUCAUCGACCUGAAGUUCACCGACUUCGGCACCUACACCUGCGUGGCCUCGCUGAGGAACGGAGGAAUCCCAGAGAUCAGCAUCGACGUCAACAUUUCCUCCACCACAGUUCCUCCUGAGCUCACUGUCCCCAAAGGCCAGUCCCAGCUCACGGUCCAGGAGGGCGACACCGUGGACCUGCAGUGCUUGGUUUCAGGGAAACCCAAACCCAUCAUCCUGUGGUCCCGCGUGGAGGAGAGCGGCGCAGCGGUGGCGGCGGCGCUACCGGCCGCGAUGCCCGACGGCUCGGCUCAGAUGGAGAGCUACGACGGCAUCCUGAGGAUCAGCAACGUGACGAGGGACAUGAGCGGGACGUACCGCUGCCAGACGAGCCAGUACAACGGCUUCAACGUCAAACCCAGAGAGGCUCUGAUCCAGCUGGUGGUGCAGUUCCCGCCCACCGUGGAGCCGGCGUUCACAGACGUACGUCAGGCCCUGGGCCGGGCCUUCAGCCUCACCUGCAGCCUCCUGCAGGCCAACCCGGCCCGCCUCCUCAGGUACGAGUGGAAGCUGGGCUCCCGCCUCCUGACCGUCGGGCAGCUCACCGACCAGAACCUCGACACCAGCUACCACGUCAAAGCUCUGAACCGGGAAGGCUACGGCGAGUACACCUGCGACAUAACCAACGAGGCGGGGGCGGGACGCUGCACCUACCUGGUUACAGGUAAAGCCCACGCUCCAGAGUUUUACUACGACACCUACAGCGCCCUGUGGCAGAAUCGACCCCAGGUCUACGGCUUCAAGCUGCAGUGGACCCAGAUGGAGCCCAACGCCGUGGAUCGGAUCCUGGCCUACAGGCUGGGCAUCAGGCAGACGGGUCAGUCUCGGUGGUGGGAGCAGGAGAUCCCGAUGGACGGAACCAUCCAGAAGGGCCAGCUGCUCACCUAYAACCUGACCGAACUGAUCAAACCCGAGUCCUACCUGGUCCGGCUGACCCCCAUCACCCGGUACGGAGAGGGGGACACGUCAGAACGCGUCAUCGCGUACAGCGCUCCUGUGAAUCCACAUCUCAGGGAGUUYCAGUGUGGUUUUGAGGAGGAGGCCUUAUGUUUGUUCUCUCAGGACAAGGCCGAUGAGUUUGACUGGACUCGUCACCGUGCCUCCUCACACGACACCAAAUCCACACCGAACACCGGGCCRAGCUCGGACCGCUCCGGCUCAAAGCAGGGUUUCUACAUGUACAUCGAGACAUCGAGGCCGAGGCUGGAGGGGGACAAGGCUCGCCUGCUGUCCCCGACCUUCAGCAUGAACUCCAAGAGCUUUCUGUCCUCGUCCUCAGGUGGCAACAACCCCACCUACUGCUUCACCUUCUUCUACCACAUGUAUGGAAAACACAUAGGAACUCUGAACAUUUUCUUGCGUCAGAAAAGUACGACACUGACGGACAACUUGGUCUGGAGUUUGUCUGGUAACCAAGGAAACCACUGGAGGCAGGCUCGGGUUGACAUCCACCCGACGGCAGCCUUUCAGAUGGUAGUGGAAGGGAUCCGAGGCCCCGGGAUCGAAGGUGACAUCGCUAUUGAUGAUGUCACAAUUGAGGAAGGCGAAUGUAAAGACCCCCCACCCAACAAUUUAAGGUCAUUUGCCCCGCCCCCAUCACACCAUAUAUGGCAACUCUGUAUGACACUAAGGCUUGUUCUGAUUGGCUGGCAGAGGUGACCCCAUCCUACGCCAUCAGCCUUCUAUACAGGACGCCAUGAGUUUUGACUCCUAUAAACUCCUGCUCAUUUCUAGGACUGAGGGCAUUUUUUUAUUUAUUUGUAAUAUUUUUAAACUUAGCACAACAAAUGAACGGAGGAGGAAACGGUUUGCUUCAUCAACAACCACCAACAUUUUGUUGUUCGCUAACGGGCCAGUAAAACUCAUCAUAGCUCCAGUCCUGCAGGGAGUCUGGUUUUGGAACAGUUAGGGGUCCAUCGCAGAACCAGGAUCUGGAUGAGACUGCUGGUUGUUAAACAGUUCUUCACAAGGGGGUCUCCAGACGAUUGUGGGGAUUCUCAGGUUCCACACGAGAGGUGAAGAGGCUCCAAGUCUUUGUUGGUUCAGUUACAAACAGGUUUGGGUUUGWUUUUCUCUCAAAAUAUCAGUGGUGGGCACAGUUCAGCUAACCCGCUAAUAGAGGAAUUAGCUUCUCUUUUAUCAGAUUAGCUUUUUCCCCUACUUUGGAAACCGUUAGCAGACCAAUUAGCUUCCACUAAAUUAGCUUCCACUAAUUUUAACUCCACUAAUAAAUUCACAAAUAUAAAACUUCUGUUUUUUUUUUGCAAUUUAUCCCAAGUUAAAUAAAAACUAUCCGCUUUUACAAGCAGUGCUGGACGUGUCAGGCACCAUGUGUUAGCAUGUAGCAUCUUUAGCAGCUAAACUUCAA